AUUCAAACAUUCGCUAUGUUCGAACGCGCUUUGCUUCCCGCUUAAAAUCGACAAUGUUUUACAAAAUGUUCCUGCUUCUAUUCACAACGCUGAUUGCAUCGGCGUACACCGAAAAAUGCAUCGGCAUAGUCUUCAGCAACAAAUGUUACGGAGUCGACAUACUCAAAGAAGGCGUUAAUAACAUCCACCAAUUAGCUCUAAACGACAAUGAUAACACCCUAUACUUUACUUUCGAUCAAAUCGCCAAAACUCCUAUGAGAGGCCUCGGUUUCUUCAACUUAGAUACCAAGGCAACAGGAGUCAUAGAUGGUAUUAGAAAUGCUACAGGAGUAGCUAUAGAUCAAAGAAGAAAUAGAAUUUACGUAGGCGGGGCAGAUGGUCUAUUCUUUUUAAACGAUAACAAAGUACCCGAACAACUGCCUGUCCAAGAUAACAUACACUAUAUUUUCUUUAAGGAUAUAGUUUACUAUGUAAAUAGAAGAAGGGAAGCUUAUAGAUUUGAUUAUGGAAUGGUCACGCCGUUAGAUGAAGUAAAAGGUAUAGCAGUGGAUAAGUUGAUAAUUGAUGAUGAGUACAAUAUGUUUUUCUUACAGAAUAGAAAAUUAUCUAGAGUUAAAUUAGGAACUAGAGCUGUGAACACCCAUGAAAGAUAUACUGUAGAUGCUAUAACCACAGAUUUUAAAUACAAACCUUAUAUAAGUACAACCAACGGUGUUUAUGUGUACAAUAAAUAUAAGUAUGCUUUAGACAAAGUUUCUAAUAUUGUUGAUUUAAGAGAAUUAGUUUUUAAUAGACAAGGCGAACCAAUUUAUGUUGUUGUAGAUAAUAUAGUUAAACUUAAUAACCCUAUUCCUUAUAUAAGAGAUUGAUAAGCUAUGAGUGAUAAUAAUAAGCUAUUUAUUUGUAAA